AUGCCGACGUAUCUGUGCCACGGAUUUCGCUGGCAUCGCCCAAGCAUACGAUAUUUUGUCGUUAUUCAGAACGUUGACGACGUCGCAUCGGAAUGGAUUAUAGCGCGGCAAAGUCCCGUCGCCCUCCUUAACCAAUUCUAUGAGCUAUUCGACUUUCUACCUCCUUGUCCCCGUCUGGCGCAAAAUCUGAGCCCCUCGCCCCAUCACGUUCGCAAUGACUUCCCAGCAAUAAACGGGCACGCCUAUUCACGAACGCGUUCCUACAACGGUCAAGGAUGUAAGGAUGAGGCUACCCAUUUUGAAAAUAGCGAGAACAGAAAUGGCAGCCGACAGAGCAAACUGUCUAAUCGCAACAAAACCUCAGAGCAACUACCGACGACCAAGCAACGCGACAAGUUAACUCUAUUUCCAGCGUCGGAACUACCAGAUCCCAACGACGACGAUAUACCGUUCAAUGAUUGGUCUAUAGUGAAAUUUUUGGAAGAAUUUGAUCCGUCAGAUUUGACCACCGUAAGCGGACAAUGGGCAUAUGUGGCAGAUUAUGUGGUACGGAUAGAUACAUCGAUUUCGGUUGCAGAAGAAAUAAGUCGAUAUGAGACACGGAUGAAGACAGAACCUUACAAGCCUAUGAGCGGCAUGAGUGAAGAAAUCUGCAAUAAAAUAAAUACAUUCGGCAACAAGAAAGCAGGUUGGUUUGAGAAACUUCGCGAUCAACUGCAAAGAAAAGAGAGUAUCCGGUGGUAUGUCGUGGUCUGUGGUGAUGAAGAGCGUAUCGGUAUCGACUUAACUGAGAACCAAGAAGCGAAAGACGAAAGGGUUAAAGUCAAUGGUAGCAAGAACCAAUCAUCUCAAGGAUUAAUCGAGGAUGGAUUUGAAUUCCGUUUCCCAGAAUUGUUAGUACCACGCCAGGUCACAGAGCAGGGGCCGAGACGUCGAAGAGUUGAGAAAAGCAUCACCAAACAGAGUCAGACACCUUUGCCGAAUAAUGAGCAGCCAGCUACCCCCCUUCCUCCUGGCUCACUGCAAGUAACUCGUAAAAUAUCGAUAGACAAUGCUAUCAAGCACACGGGUUCCAGGUUCGGCGGCGGAUUUAGAAGGCUAUUCCUAAGGCGAAAAGCUGAUGGUUUAAGCUAA